AUGUUUUCAUGACUACUGAUCAAGACAUGUUGUCUUCUCUCCGUCAAGUGUCAACAAUUUGAUCGGCUUGUUCAGAUCGAUUUUAAAACCAUUACUCUAGCUGACUAAAUAAUUAAUAAUAAAAUUUCAGAAAAUUUGUCAAUAGAUUUAUUAAGUCAAAAAUGAUUAAUCAUGGCGGCGAAAUUAGAGUGAGGAGAAACACCUCCUUUUUGGUAGGUUAUUAUUUCAAUCUCUUGCAUUAUUCUCACCGUCAAUGCUUGACCGUCUCUCUCCCGUUAAUUUCCCUCCUGCAAAUUUCUUUGGUAUAAAAACGAUAUUUUCAACUUUCACCUGAAGAUGUUGACAGAAAACUAUUGUUGUUAUCUUAGCCAACGAACAAGAGACUAAUCAUGCAGCUUCUCUUUCAUUUAAAACAAAAAUUAGAAUGAAGUUUGUAUAACUACGGUCGUUGUAGGAACAUUUAUAGGGAAAGCGUAACCAAUAACAUAAAAUCCAUUAUGAUAUUUUUGCAUCCCUUUGUCUUAACGUGGGAUGACAGGUGGGAGGGAGCGACGUCUCUAGUGCAUUUCAUGUAAUAUUUGUUUACUUUCAUCAACACGGUUCGUCAGAAACAAUGGACCACAUUAUCACCCUUCUUCUUUUUUCUAUAUAUAUAAUUAUUAUUGUAAGCUUGAAUUUAUAUCUGGUAGAGUUUUGCCACUUUAAGUACCUCAAAACUCUAGAAGACAGGAAGAUAAGAGUUUAAAAAAAAAAAUUAGUUAGCUACUUAAAUCAAAUCUUAACUUUUAGUGUUAUUUUCUUUUCUAAUCCCGGAAGUGUGUCCUUUUCACUAACCGGUCAUCAGUUUGAAAGAUAAAACUUUAUAUGUCCUAAGAAUCAAUAAAUUCUGGCGAAGAAAAUAUAUAGAUAUGUAAACUUAACCUCAGAGUACAGAUUUCUUUGCAGUAUAGGCUUUAAAAGAAAAGAGAUAUGUAACAUUUUAUUCCGAUAAAUUAUUAUAGAACUUCUAGUAUAUUCAAUUUUUUUUAAAAAAAAAUCUUAUAAAAAUUAGAGAAAAACAAAACAAAAAGUAUACUUCAAUCUUCCCUUGACAAUUACACCUUCUUUUCACACCAGCUCAUAAAUUAAUUAAGAUAUCUCUUCUUCUUCAUCCUCUCUGUCUUCUCCUCUUUUCCAAAGAAACCUCUCUUUAUUUAUAAGUAACCCUAAAACAACUCUUACUUUCUUUACGUCACCAAGACUUCGAUCCCAAUAAUGGACCGACGUAACCCUUUUCACCAUCACGACCAUCAACUUUAUCAGUUGAUCCAACAGCAACAGCUCCCUCCACCGCCGCAGAGCACGACGGUUGCGAUGGAUCUCGGUGGAGGAGGUGAGAGAAUCCCACAGUGGAGCAUAGAUGAGACAAAGGAGCUUUUGGGUAUAAGAGAAGAGCUAGAUCAGACUUUCAUGGAAACCAAACGUAAUAAGCUACUUUGGGAAGUCGUCGUCGCUAAAAUGGCCGACAAGGGUUUUGCUCGGAGCGCGGAACAGUGUAAGAGCAAGUGGAAGAACCUCGUCUCUAGAUACAAGGUGUGUGAAACGACUGAGCCAGAACCUAUUAGGCAGCAAUUCCCAUUUUACAACGAGAUCCAAUCGAUUUUCACAGCAAGAAUGCAAAGAAUGUUGUGGUCAGAACCAAGAACUUCUUCUAAGAGAAAACAUAAUCAGUUCUCAUCUGACGAAGAAGUAGAAGAAGUCGCGGAGCUAAAUCAAGACAUCAACAAGGAAUUAUUGUCUUUCGUCGAGACACAGAAGAAAGAUACAGAAGUGAUUACUACAAGUACUUUUACUAAUCCCAAAAAACGUGCGAAAAAAGGAAAAGGCACUAGCAAAGCUGAAACCGCGGGUAGUACAUUGAAAGAAAUGUUGGAGGACUUUAUGAGGCAAACGGUGAAGAUGGAGAAAGAAUGGAGAGAUGCAUGGGAGAUGAAGGCGAGAGAGAAGGAGAAGAGAGAGAAAGAGUGGCAGAGGAGAAUGGCGGAGCUAGAGGAGGAGAGAGCCGCCGCGGAGAGGAGGUGGAUGGAGAGAGAGGAUGAGAGACGGCUGAGAGAGGAAGCUAGGGCUCAGAAGAGAGAUACUCUCAUUGAUGUUUUGCUUAAUCAGCUUAACAGAGAUCAAGAUGAUGAUCAACAUCAAGGCUUCUAAUUUUUUAUAUUUUGUUUAAGCAUAUGGGUUAAUUAUAGCUAGUUCCUUAAUUAGCUACUUAAAUCUCAUUAAAAUCAUAUCUAAUUAAUGUUUGUUUUCUUUAUAGUAUGAGUAACUGGUUAUUGAGAACGACAAAUCAAAAUGAUAUAUGUCAUGGUAUGGUUCUUUUUUA